CACAAUCAUCCACGACGAUUCUCGGUUUCCCCAGCAAAUUCUCCCUCGGCAAAUCUUCCGAAGAAGCAUUAUUUAGCCUCAGAGCGUCACUGCUUUUUCCAGAUCUCUUUUUUGACAUCAGCCGAAUCCACAACUUCGCCCGCAAAAAGGCGCAACCCCGCCAAAAUGUCGCUCACAAAUUGUCGGUUCUACGAGGAGAAGUACCCGGAGGUUGACAGUUAUGUUAUGGUCAACGUUAAGCAGAUUGCCGAAAUGGGUGCCUACGUGAAGCUUCUCGAAUAUGACAACAUUGACGGCAUGAUUCUGCUCUCUGAGCUUUCGCGGAGACGUAUUCGUAGUAUCCAGAAGCUCAUCCGCAUUGGCCGCAACGAGGUCGUUAUUGUGCUCCGUGUGGACAAGGAGAAGGGUUACAUUGAUCUGUCGAAGCGACGAGUUUCUCCAGAAGAUGUUAUCAAAUGCGAAGAGAGGUACAACAAGAGCAAGGCUGUCCACUCGAUUCUGCGACAUGUUGCAGAGGCAACUCAGACCCCUCUUGAGACGCUAUACCAGCAGAUCGCCUGGCCGUUGAACCGAAAAUACGGCCACUCGCACGAUGCUUUCAAGAUCUCAAUCACGAACCCCGAUGUUUGGGCCGAUGUCGAAUUCCCCAAUGAAGCCGUGAAAAAGGAGCUGACUCAGUACAUUGGCAAGCGACUUACACCCCACCCGACGAAAGUGCGCGCGGAUAUUGAAGUCACCUGCUUUGGUUAUGAUGGUAUCGAUGCGGUCAAGAACGCUCUGCGGACCGCUGAGGCAGAGAACACUCCUGAGAACCAAAUAAAGGUCAAACUGGUUGCUCCUCCGCUCUAUGUCUUGACUAGCCAAUGUCUGGACAAGACACACGGUAUCAAGAUGCUUGAAGAAGCCAUUGAACGGAUUGAGACCACGAUCAAAGCGUCUGGCGGUGGCUGCACUGUUAAGAUGGCUCCCAAGGCUGUUACGGAGCACGAUGACGCUGCUCUUCAGGAGCUCAUGGAGAAGCGCGAGCGUGAGAACAUGGAGGUCAGCGGAGACGAGAGCCAGUCUGAGAGCGACGAGGGUGUCCCCGAAUAAAUAUGUGCGUCAUUGUUUAAGUGCCGCUUUGAGUCUUCCCUCAGGAAGAUGGGGUGGUCGGCCAGACGCCUCCCGCGUUCGUGUCAUGCUGUAAGCAGUUCUGAGUCGGGUUGGCACGCUGCGAGAUGAAGUAGACGGACAAAAAGUUCAUUAGAAAGGUUUCGAACGUGUCACGAAUUAUGAGACGAAGGACGUUUUAGCUUGCGAAGAGGAGGAAUUUGGAGCAACAGCAGAGUCUUAAACGAAACUCCUUGGAUGGGAUUCGGUCGUUCUAUCAGUGCGACGUGCGGUAUCCUCGAUCUGUGGAUACUGCGUCGAGUUCUUUCUCUGAGGUUGGAAACUUCCAUGAUCGUUACCCUAGUUCCGAUGUACAUAAGCUUCUUCAUCUGUGAUUCACCGCCGGUGACCGGCUUAGACAUCUACCCUAUCAAGCUGCUUGAAUGUUGAGAGUUCGUCCAGUG